GGUGUUUGUCUGAAAUUCCAGCCUUUAAGUGGUCACAGAUUUUCUUUUCUAGACGGUACCCCAAAACGCAAGUCAAGAGUUAACUCAUGACAAGCUUUUAACUGCCCAGAGUUCAGUGAAUAGUUCCAUUUUAUUUUCUUGCACUAUUUGUGAUGUCGGAGCUGGAGUGCUCUAGCGACGGCGCCCCGGAGUGCCGCCCGGGGAGAGUGUCGAGGACAGGAAGGCGGUGUGGGGUGAUCCUGCCGGUGACAAGAUGCUCCAGCCCGGGAGGUCAGGACUCGGACACCGCUCUCCUAGAGGCGGUUAAAACGGCUCCCCGCCGCAGCAGCAUUAUCAAGGACCCCUCAGCUCAGAGGGCAGGGGGCGGGCGUAAGAAGACAGUGUCAUUCAGCAGCACGCCGUCAGAGAGGAAGGUGAGCAGCGCGGCUGACUGCCUGGUGUUCAUGCAGGGUGGCUGUGAGCUGCGCAAGGUGCGUCCCAACGGCCGCAUGUACUGCCGCUUCUACACCCUGGACCCGGAGCAGACCUGCCUGCGAUGGGAGCCCUCAAAGAAGGACACAGACCAUGCCCGCCUGGACCUGGCCACUAUCCGGGAGGUCCGCACGGGCAAGACCACCGACGCCUUCCAGCAGCACGGCCCCACAGAGCGACUGCCAGAGGAGGCAGCCUUCUCCAUCAUCCACGGCGACGACCGCCGCACACUGGACCUGGUGGCUCUCUCGGCUGAUGCCGCCAACAUCUGGGUGACAGGGCUGCGCUACUUGUUGAGCCACCCGGCGGCCAUGACUGGGGGCGGGGCCGAGGAAGGGGCAGGGGGCAGCCCCGGCAGUCGGAUGCGCCGCAGUUGGCUGGCGGAGGAGUUCAGUAAGGUCGAUGAGGACGGGCAUGGCAUCAUAUCUGAAGACAUCGCUGUGGCAACCAUCUGCAGGCUCUGCCCCAGCAUCAAGGAGGCCAAGGUCCGUCUCCGCUUUAAGGAGAUUCAGCACAGCAAGGGGAAGCUGACAUCCCACGUAACCCUGGAGGAGUUCCAGGAGGCAUACUGCGAGCUGUGCACACGUCCCGACGUCUACUUCCUGUUGGUGCAGCUGUCCCAGGACCGUGAGUGCCUGGAGGCCCAGGACAUGCUGCGCUUCCUGGAAGUGGAGCAGGGCCUACCCUGUGCAGUGGCCGAGAGCCAACUGGAAAUUGCACAGAGCUUUGAGCCCUCUGUGGUGGCCCGCAAGCACAGUCUGCUGGGCCUGGAUGGCUUCACCCGCUAUCUGCAGUCACCCGAGUGCCAGUUGUCAGAUCCGGCACACCUGUGUGUGUGCCAGGACAUGACCCUCCCCCUCCAGCACUACUAUAUCAGUACCUGCUGCCGCUCCUACAUGCUGGAGGACCGUGCCGACCUGGGGGCACUGGUGGGGGCACUGCAGGCUGGAUACCGCUGCCUGGAUCUGGGGGUGAGUGACGGGCCUGAGGGGGAGCCCCUGCUGGGGGCGGGUCUCUACUCGCAAGCCCCGCCCAUCACCCUGCACAGCGCCCUCAAGGUAGUCAGCAAGCACGCCUUCCUGACCUCGCCUUUCCCCUUACUGGUCUGCCUGCAUCAGCGCUGCUCCCUGGGCCAGCAACGUGCCAUCGCCCGGCACCUGCGUGAGGUGCUCGGGGCCUAUCUCUAUGCCCCCCAGACCUCGUCCCCAGGACAGGGGCCUGCCCAGCUGCCCUCCCCGGAGGAGCUGAAGGGUCGGGUGAUUCUGGCAGGGAUAAGGCUGCCCCUGGGGGUUGACGGCUUGGAGGGAGAGGUGUUGGAGGAUGAGGAAGAGGCGGGGGGCCAAUGGGUGAAUGCAGGUGGGGGGGGGGGGCUGGGGGCUGUCGAGACAGCGCAGCCCCACCGGUUUCGUCUGUGUCGGGAGCUGUCAGACCUGAUGGCCUUAGCACUGACUGGUAACCAGGCCUUCUACAAAUGGCAGGGUACACAACAGGGCUCAGCGCCCCCUGAAUCCCCUGCUCCUCAGGACAACCCCUGCUGGACGCUCUGCUCCCUGGAGAAGGCAGAGGCGGGAAGGCUGGCCAACGAGGCCCCAGAGGAGCUGGAGAGCUUCACCAGAUGGACGCUCACCCAGGUGCGACCCGGCUUGGCAGGCCUGGACCUCAGCAAUCCCAACCCUCAGCCCUACUGGAGGGGAGGCUGCCAGCUGGUGGCCAUGAAUCCACACACCCCUGGCGCCAUGCUGGACCUAUACCGUGCCCGAUUUGCAGAGAAUGGGCACUGUGGCUAUGUGCUGUGUCCAUUUCGCCUGCGCCAGGGCGGGCCCUGGGAUGGGCCAUCAGGCAAGCCCCCUCAGACCCUGCGCCUCAAAGUCAUCGGUGCCCAUGGCCUGCCUAAGCCGCAGGGCUCAGGGUCAAAGGGUGAGGUCAUUGAUCCCUAUGUGGUGCUGGAGCUGCAUGGCGUUCCGGCCGACUGUGCCGAACAGCGCACCCGCACCGCCGCGCAGAACCAGGACGACCUGCUUUUUGACGAGACCUUCGAGUUCCAGGUGAGCAUGCCUCAGCUGGCUCUGCUGCGCUUCGUGGUUCUGGAUGAUGACUACAUCGAUGAUGAUUUCAUUGGGCAGUACUGCGUGGCCUUCAAGUGCCUGCAGCUGGGCUACCGCAACGUGCCUCUGAUGGGCCCGGCCGGCGACCCACUGCCCCACGCAAGCCUCUUCAUCCACGUCUCUGUUGCCAACUGCCAGGGCGGGGGAAAGGCCCAGAAGAAGGUACCGUCCGCAAGGAGGGGGCCGAGGCAGAGCCACAACUACAUCACCCUCCGCCACACUGCUAUCAAUGCCCUGGAUGACAUCUUCCUCUCCGCAGCAGCCCCCCUUAGAGAGGCUGUUGACCUGCGGGAGAGCACACAGAAUGCCAUGGACACUCUCAAAGAGCUAUGUGGGCUCCCCCUAGUGGCCAAACCGCAGCAGUGCAUUCAGACCCUGGCCACUCACCUGCACACUGCAGAGGGGACCCCAGGGGUCAGUCUGGCCCAGAGAGAGGGAUACCCCCACCUGGAGGCACUUUGCAACCUGCCUGACUCCGCCCACAAACUUCUCAGUGCCUAUGACAGGAUGAUCUCUGCACACAGGCAGCUGAUUGAGAGAGCGGAUGGCAUAUGCGAGAGGAUCGCCCAGGUGCACAGACAGGGCAUGGAGCUCCAGGAGGACCUGUCCAGGCUGGGGGAGGAGGAAGGACUGAAGGGGCGGAAGCAGAGUAAAGUGGUGGAGAGCUUCACCUGGAACAUCACUAUGCUGAAGGGACAGUGUGAGCUGCUGCACAGUGCCAAGGUGGAUGCUCUCGACACCCUAAGGCAGAUGACACAGGACUGUGAGGAGAGCGGACUGGCCUCUUCAGCUAAAUAACAUGGACAUUCAGCAUGCAUCAGUAACAUCAGGACUGCUCAACAAAGUGCUAACAUAACAUUCUCAUGAAUUUGCCCUAACAGUAGUGCCAACUUAAAAGGUUACUGGCAUAUUUUAAGAACAGAAAGGAUGUGUUAGCUGGUAGCUGCACUGUGGAGUAAUGGGACUAUAGGGUUAUAUUUGUGCAUAUAUCUGGAACUUCUGCCCCCUGACUGAAUAUGUUUGUUUUUCUUCCAAUAUUAGCUUUUCAAUUAAUACUUAAUGUUUAAUUAAUUAUAUAUGAAUAUUUAAUUUGCUUUUCUUGUGCUGCUGAAACAGCAAACCAUUUAUUUCUGAAUGAAUGCAAUGUUGAGUUUAUAAUAAUAGUCCUCCAGAACUACAGUUGAGUAGCCCUGUAGACACUGCAGCCCUCCAGGACCAUGAGUAAUCAUCCUAGCCAUAGAUAAAGAGUAUCUGCCCUGAGUUACCAGUUGGAGCAUAACCAUAUUAUCCUUAUCCAAUAAAGCACCUAAUCUGAAUUGGAUCAGUGAAUGUCGAGCUGUAAAAAAUACUAUGCAAAAACCAUAAACUAUGGAAGUCACUCUGGACAAGAGAGUCUAACCAAAUAAAAAUGUGAUGAAUUCAUAUUGUGGUAUUGACUGAUGUAUGUAAACUUAUGUGAAAUAUCUGGUAGAGACCAUCACAGCCACUCAAAAAUAUUGAAUGCCGAGAUUUCCCAAUUUUACCCAGAGCUGGGAACUGUGUGCCUGACUGUAUUCUUCAUAUAUUUAAUUUAGUAAACUGGUAGUAAGUCAGCAGACACCUCUAUUAACAAGAAUGCACAUAUAAAGGCACAAUAAGAA